AUGCGAAAACGUGUAGAAUUUCAAGAGUGCUUUAUAUGUCCUGCUGGGGAGUUCAUCGUCUUGUGUUGCGUGUUCCGUGGCCCGUGCACGUCUGAGCGCUGUCGAUCGCUGGCGCCCGGCCAGCCCAUCGCCCACCGCCCACCGCCCCUAGCCCACGCGCCCGCCACCACCGCGCCGCCGCCGGCCAGCGCGCCCGCCCGCAGCCCUGAACUUGACAGCUUCGAGGGCCGCCUACGCGAAAUGUCUGUGGCUCCGAGAGAUCUUGAUUUGCCUCGAGUGCCUCUGGAGGACUGGCGGCCCAGCGCGGUCAUUACUCCCCAAAUCUCGGACAUCGUGGUGGGCCAGGAGCCCAACGUGUCAGCGCGCGACGCCCUGCUGCGCUGGGCGCGCCGCUCCACCGCCAAGUACCCCGGCGUGCGCGUGGCGGACUUCACGUCGUCGUGGCGCGACGGGCUGGCCUUCAACGCCCUCAUCCAUCGCAACCGUCCCGACCUCAUCGAUUGGCGCAACAUUCGGUCGCGCGUGGUGCGCGAGCGCCUGGAGACGGCCUUCACCAUCGCGGAGCGCGAGUACGGCAAAAUGGAACUAACGAUUCAUCUGUCUCUUUCAGAUGUUGAUACCCCUGAACCGGACGAGAAGUCGCUGAUUACGUACAUCUCUUCUCUGUAUGAUGUGUUCCCUGAGCCGCCUCCAAUUCAUCCUCUCUACGAUUCCGAAGCCCAACAGCGCACAACCGAGUACCGCGAGCUGGCGAGCUCGCUGCAUCUGUGGAUCCGGGAGAAGCUAACCAUCAUGCUGGACCGCACGUUCCCGAACACGCUGAUCGAGAUGAAGAAGCUGGCGGCGGAGUCCAGCCGCUUCCGCGCCGAAGAGGUGCCGCCCCGCCAGCGCGACAAGCAACGCCUCGCGCUCGUCUUCCGCGAGCUGGAGAAAUAUUUCGAAGCAGUUGGUGAAGUCGACCUAGAACCUGAGCUACACAUUGAUGUUCUUGAAAAGAACUGGAGUCGACUGAUGAUUGCACACCAAGAUCGUGAUCAAGCCAUUCUCGAAGAAAUCAAAAGACUUGAACGACUGCAACGCCUUGCUGAGAAAGUGCACCGUGAGAUGAAACAAGUGGACUCGCGACUGGAAGAAUUAGAGCAGCGAGUGGAAGAAGAAGCGAGAAGAUUAGAUAGGUUACACCCACUGGAUGCCAAGCACAAUGUGGAUCUUUUGGAGCAAGACAUCCGACAUACUGAAGAAUCCAUCAAUUCACUCUUUGCAGAUGUUCAGAGCCUGCGUGAGGGCCGGUACCCCCAGGCACCAGAGCUGCACAAGAGAGUGCAAAAAUUGCACCAACGAUGGGUUCAAUUGCGAUCUUUGCUUCAUUCGAAGCUGAUUACACCAUUAGCCUCUAUAUCAUUCCCUGUGGAAGAAAGAACCGUGAGAAGAGAAACUAGAACCGUCAUGGAAACAAGAUUGGUCGAUACCAACACCCAUUUCCGGCAGUUGCAAGAAUGUGCAGAAUGGGUCAGAAAUAAACUGAAACAGUUGCAUGAAUCUGAUUAUGGAUCAGACCUACCCAGUGUCCAGAAUGAACUGGAACUUCACCAGCGGGAACAUAAAGUUAUUGAGCAAUUUCAUGUCAGAAUUGAUCACUGUGUAGGAGCUAAGAAUCACUUCCAUGGAGAGGAACUCCAACUGUACAACCAGCAUCUCAGUCAACUUCAGAAAUUGUAUGGUGAUUUAAUUGAUACUUCCAACAAACGCCUUCAAGAUCUUGAGACCCUGCAAGAUUUCCUUCAAUCUGCCACCAAUGAACUUAUUUGGCUCAAUGAGAAGGAGGAAGUGGAAGUGGCACGCGAUUGGAGCGACAAGAACUUGAACAUUCCUGCUAUUGAACAAUACUAUGAGCAAUCGUAUGGAUCUGGGGCACAGUCUUUGAUGAGUGACUUGGAGAAACGGGAGAUCCAGUUCAGUGCUGUUCAAGAUAGAGGCGAAGCCCUUGUUUUACAACACCAUCCUGCAGCAAAGUGUAUUGAAGCAUACAUGGCUGCCAUGCAGACACAAUGGGCAUGGUUACUGCAGCUAACACUCUGUUUGGAAACACACCUCAAACAUGCAGCUGUGUAUCAGAAAUUCUUCCGUGAUGUACACGAGGCAGAACAGUGGAUAACAAAGCGUGACGAGUUACUCAACACUGUGUACAGCCAAUCAGACUUCACUUUAGAUGAAGGUGAACGUCUCCUGAAAGGAAUGCAAGAGCUGCGAGAGGAACUAAACCGCUAUGGAGACGUGGUGCAAGGUUUAGCAGAACGUUGCAAAGAUGUAGUGCCUCUGAAACAGCGUCGACAGCCUGUUACUCGACCUCUCCAAGUACAGAGUGCCUGUUCCUUCAAACAAGUCAAUAUUGUUAUUGAAAAGGGCGAGCAGUGUCUCCUGCAUGAUAACUCAGGUCGUGUGAAAUGGCGAGUGACCAAUUCCUCUGGUGUGGAGAGCACAGUGCCAGGAGUGGUGUUUGUGAUUCCCCCGCCUGAUCGUGAAGCCUUAGAUGCUGUAGAAAGGCUGAAGCGACAGUUCGAUAGAUCCAUUGCGCUGUGGCAGAAGAAGCAAGUACGCAUGCGGCAGAACAUGAUCUUCGCCACCAUCAAAGUUGUUAAGAGUUGGGAUUUGGCCCAGUUUUUGGCUAUGGGCCAAGAACAAAGAAAUGCUAUUCGCAAAGCACUUAAUGAAGAUGCUGACAAACUCCUCCAAGAAGGUGAUCCAGCUGAUCCUCAGCUUAGGCGCUUACGUCGAGAAAUGGAAGAAGUGAACAGGCUCUUUGAUGACUUGGAACGUCGAGCUAGAGCCGAGGAAGACAGCAAGAAUGCCAGCCGAAACUUCAGUGAUCAGAUCAGUAAUCUUCAAUCUGCACUUGAUGAAGCAGAACGCAUUUUGAAUUCGCGUACUGCUGCUGCAUUGCCAAGAGAUCUAGAUUCUCUUGAACAUUUGGUUAUAGAACACAAAGAGUUUGAAACUCGUCUUCAAGCCCUGGGUCCAGAUGUAGAAGAUGUACAGGCUACAUUCCGCAGUAUUGCACGCAAAACCCCUGCUCAGCAGACUAAACUUGACAAGUGUUUGGCCAAAUGGAACCAAUUGUGGAGCACAUCUCAUUUGUACAUAGAGAGGUUGAAGUGUGUUGAAAUUGUUCUUUCUGGUCUUGAGGAAGCAACUAAUAUUGUGUCAGAAUUUGAAAUGAAACUUGCCUCCUAUGAUGAACUACCUUCUGAUGUCGAAGCUCUCAAGAGAGUGCAUGAGGAUCUGUUGAACUUGCAAAAUUCAGUGGCACAGCAGCAAAUAGUCAUUGAUCAGUUGAAUGAUGAUGCCCAUAAUGCACGUCGUCUGGUUGAGAAAUCUCGGCCCAGUCAAAGGGGUCCCCACCCCGACGUUGAGCGACUCGAAGGAGACGUUAAGCGGAUCACAACCAGAUGGAGCAACGUGUGCAACCAGCUUGUUGACAGGUUGCGCAGCUGUGAGGCAUCUUAUGGCCUGCUGCAAAACUACACCAAUUCCUACCAGACGGAAGUCUCCUGGGUUGAUGAAAGCUAUGGCAAAUUGAACAACUUGGCUCCUAUUGAAGAUCAUGCCAAGGAACAAUUAGAACCAACUAGGGCUCUGUACAAUAAUGUUCUUGAGAAGACACCUGCCAUUGAACAAGUGAAUUUAGUGGGAGGACGAUUCAUCCGAGAGGCUAAGAUUUACGACCUUCGCCUCCAACGCUACGCGGACUGGCUGGUGGAAGAAGUGCACCCCAGCCUGGAUGCAAGCAUGGCGAAACGUGCACGCCUGGCAAAUAAUGGAGCAGAACAUCUAUCAGGAGCUGAUACCGUCGCCCAUCAGUUGGACAUCCUCAACCAUCGGUACCAGGCUCUUUUGGGCAUUUUGUAUGAUCGCCUACGGCAGAUUGCUGCUCUCUGCCCUCAAGAUCCUGCCCUUCAGCAGUAUUCUAAAAAGGUGUAUUGCACAAUGCAAGUGAGAGAGGAGUGGAUGUCUGAAUGUGUGAUUUCUGUGGGUGGGGCUGCAGGCAGUUCUAGGCCUCUUCCUGCAGCCAAUGAGAAGCCUCAGCGUGUGGGUAGCAAAGGAAGGUAUGUUCACCAAUCACAUGAUGUCAUCGAUUCUGGAAAAGCUUUUGAUGGAGGAUUCCACCCAACAUCAAAAGCUACUAUUACAGUGACAACUUCUAACAAUCAUGAAGGAUCUCCAACGAAGAAGCGGUCCAAAACAGAUAAUGAAGCUUAUGUCACGAAUGCUUCAGGUCCUGGAACAAACAACUUUUCUACUACUCCAGUUGCUACAAAUGGCGAGACUGUCUUGGGAAGGAAGGAAUCAGCUAGCAAUUGGGCUGGUAGUAGUAUGGAAUUCUCAGAAAUUCGUUCCCUGAGGAGAAUUCACAAAGUAGAAGAAGGAAUUGGGACCGACAACAUCAUUGACACUCCAGGAAUAGUUCAUCCAACAACUGGUGAAAUACUGACUGUUGGUGAUGCCAUAAGCCUUCGUAUUCUUGAUGUCAGAACGGGACAGAUAGCAACUUCAGCAGAUGGCCGCACUCCAGCCGUGAGCAUCGAAGAAGCAGCGUCUAGGAACAUCGUGAAUCCUGCUCUGGCUCAGCGUCUUUUGGGACCGUGUGGAAUAAUUGAAGAUGAUGGCAACACUCGGCGGCAGCUCUCUCUACUCGAAGCAAUCCAACGAGAGCUUUUUGAUGCAGAAAGAGGCUUCAUCACUUCGACAAGUACUGAUGAGAGGGUGAAGGUAACGUAUACGGAUAUUAAAAGAAAGGGUCUUAGCAUUGCCGAAGCAUUAGCCAAAGGCUAUAUCAAUACUGAAAAUGGACAGUUUACAAAUCCCAAAACUGGUGAGACUAUGCCAUUACAGGAGGCAUAUUUGCGUAAUUUGUUGGAAAAAGAUGAAAUUAAAGAAAAGAAGCCUGGCAGUGGACUUGCAUUAUCUGAUGCUAUUGUUCAAGGAUUAGUAGAUGAUCGUAGCGGUCAGAUAGUAGAUCGAAAUACUGGUGAAAAAUACCCUCUUUCCCAAGCCAUUGAGAAAGGAGUAAUUGAUCCCACUAUUCGUGAGAUUGUGGAUACCCCCGCUGACAACAAAGUGACAGUAUCUGAAGCUAUAGAUGCAGGUAUUUUAAAUCCUAAACAAGGUAAAUAUUUACAUGGUCUUUCUCAGGAGGUACUGCCUCUCCGAGAGGCACGUAGGCGGCAACUUGUUAUUAAGCCCAUGACACUAAAAGACUGUUGCGAUUUAGAGUUGCUAGAUGAAACUGGUAGAAUUUUAAGUCCCAUUCACACAUCAAAACUUUCUAUCUUAGAGAGCAUGUCUCGUGGUGUCUUAGAUUUAAAUACAUUCAAAUCUGUGACUAAUACUUCUACUGGGGAGUUGUUAACAUUAUCUGAAGCUAUUACAGAUGGUAUCAUAUUACCCGAAGGUAAAUUUCGUGAUUUAGCGACAGAGGAAAUUUUAAGCAUUCCAGAAGCAGUUGAUAGGGGCCUUAUUACUUCCGUAUCAAUAAAGUCUAUUUUUGAUAUUGAUGGGUUUAAAGAUCCUAAUAGUAAUGAAUUUGUGAGUCUUAAUAUUGCAUUGUCCAGAGGUUUUGUUGUUCCUAAAUCAGGUGUAGCUAUGUAUGUAAUUGAUCCUAAGUCAGGUAAAAGUAUAGGAAUGGAAGAAGCAGAGAAACAAAAUGUGGUUCGUCCAGAAGUUCUAGACAUGUUAAACAAGAAAAUUGGCAUCACCGAUAAAGGUAAGGAACUGACAGUUCUUGAAGCUGUCAUUAAAGGUUAUAUCGAUCCCAAAACUGGGCAAGUUCUUGAUUUGAAAACCAAAAAACCAUUGCCAUUGGAUGAAGCUGUGCGACGUAAAUUGAUAACUGCUGAAGGUGCUGUUCUCCUUGCAAGUCUGCUAGAAAUUACUGUGACUACCCAAACAGUGACAAGAACAAUUGAGAGGUACAUAACAGUGACAUCGAGUGGCGUGACUUCAGAAGUGACAAUGACGUUUACUGAAGCAUUAAGGUGUGGUCUUAUUGAUCAGAGAACUCAGACAUUCCGUGUUCCAGAAACAGGCAAAAUUAUUUCCAUUCAAGAUGCAGUUGAUCAAGGUCUUCUUGGUGAUCCGACAGAUGAAAGUUCUCUUUCAUCAAAACCAUCUGGUUCUCAAUCUCCUACAAAACGUAAGUCUGACACUACACCUUUUGUUAAAGAAGUAACGACAGAGCUUCCAUCACCAACCCGACAAAGAACCAGUGAGACUCCUUCACCUACAAAGCAAAGGUCAGUUGACUCAAGCUCUCCAUCCACUGAUAAAUUUGCAACACCUGCUUCCUAUCGCAGCCCUGGAAGCAGUACUCCCACUAAAGAAAGCUCAUCGGAUCGAACAAGUCCUGUAAAGGGCAGAUCUUCUGGAAGUGUUUCCCCUGUGAAAGAUGUCACACUUGAAGGAAGUCGUGGUAGUUCACCUGUGAAAUCAAGAGGUCCAUCCUCUCCGACAAAAGAAAAGACAUCAGACCCUUUUGGACGUAAAGUAUCUUCUCCCACGAAGGAGAAGAAGUCACCAGAACGUGGUAUUUCAUCUCCGAAACAGAAAGAAACAUCUUCAUCUCCUGAGUUUAUGGAUGCUACUGACACUGCUUUCAUGAGCUCAUCAAACAAGGUAACUGUGUCUAUUCAUGAUUCCCAGUUGUCUCCAUCAAGAAAAAGAGAAUCAGCAGAUUUCUUGAGUAGUGAGAGGAAAGCAACAGAAAUGGAAAAGCAAAUAUUUGAACUCCCACCAGAUGGUUGGCUGCUUUCUGAAGCUAUUGAACAGAGGUUAUUUGAUCCUGUGACUGGUCUGUUCAUCAUUCCUGGGACUGACCGACUUGUGUCAUUUGAAGAGUGUGUGAAGCUUGAAAUUAUUAACCCAGCUUCUGCGAUUGUGAUUGAUCCUAAUAACAACCGAAAAAUUUCAGUUAUAAGAAGUUUGGACAAACAUGUUUUGGACUCAACAGGUCAUUACACACAAGCAGGUAAGAAGAUGACAAUGAAAGAAGCAAUUGAUAGAGGAUUGGUCCUAUUAGAAGGAAGAACUGAAAAAGAUCCUUCUUCUCCUCGUCUCAUUCAGAUUACAAAAGUGACAGGUAAGCCUGAUUUAGUUGAAGUAUCAAAUGUGGGGAGUGGUGCUGUUGGUCCUCCAACUUUCACGGAAAUUAAAAGCUCCAAGGCAGAUGUGUCAAAUCUAGAACCACUUCAGGUUGCUCCAGGUGUAAUAUACGAUCCCACUACAGCCUUAGUAAUUUUUACUGAAUCUGGAAAAUCUGAAAAUCUAAUUGCUGCUGUGAAAGAAGGAAAAAUUGAACCUAGAAUGGUUAAAGUGAAAGAUCCUUACACUGGGAAGGGUUUAAAUAUUAACGAAGCUUUAAGAAAGGGUUUCAUUGAUAAGGACACAGGAGAUUAUAAAGAUAAGACAGGAAGAAAGAUUCCCUUAGCUGAGGCUGCCAAGUUUGGUGUAAUUGCUGUGCUGGGUGCGCCACUUGUGGCUGCCGUCAAAACAGUACAAACAAUCAAAAAAGUGCUUGAUCCCAAAACAGGUGAAGAAAUUCCUGUAAGGUUGGCUUAUGAGCAAGGAAUUAUUGAUGAAGAAACUUUGCAGAGAAUAGAAUCAGCAACAGAAAACUUUGAUGGAACUCUUCCUGAACAAGUUGUAACAACAAAAAAUGAAGUUGUGUGCACAUCUAUUGUUAUUCAAGAUCCGACUACAGGCAAGGACAUAACUGUGGAGCAAGCCAUUAAGAAGGGUCUUAUUGGGCCCGAAGAUUUGAAACGGUUGACAGUGCAAACUACACAAGAGGGGGUCGAUGAAAAGGGCCGGCCAGUUAAAAUAUUAGACACAACAACAAUAUCACUAGAAGAUGAUGGAAGACCUUCAGCUGGCGAAAGGACUCGAGGCAGAGUAACCAUGGAGCCCAAAUACAGAGUUGCAAUUGGAAGAGCUCGAUCAUUUUCACAGAGUCCUGAACGAGAAGCGAAACCAGUUGUGUUGCAAAAAAUGCGUAAGAAGAUAGUGAAACCUCGUGAAGCAGUUGAAAAUGGAAUGCUCGAUAAAGAAACUGCGGACAUUUUAGAAAAGCCUGAUGCUUUUACAGGAUCGGCUGGUGAAAGUUUGAGUCUUGCUGAAGCUGUAGGUUUGAAGAAGGUGGAUGGAAAUAAAGGGGCUAUUAUCGAUCCUCAGCGAGGUGAUAUUUUAACAAUAAAAGAAGCAAUGGAUAGGGGCAUAUUGGAUCCUUCUGGUCCAUCUGCUCGUCUUCUUGUUCCAGUUGCUCGUUGUUUGUCAAUUCCUGAAGUACUAGACCAGGGUCUCAUUGACCCUCGAGCAGGUAAAAUUGUUCAUCCUGAAACCGGAGUUCAUCUUUCUUUGAGGGAAGCCAUUAUGUGUGAAAUUGUGGAUCCUUUGUCCAAACUUGCAAUUCCUGGAGUAAAAGAUAAAGUCACAUUGGAAGAAGCUAUUGCAAAGGGAGCUGUCGAUGAAGAUCAGUGCAUUGUUAAGACACCAGAGGGGACUGUUGAUUUGCUGAAAGCUUCACAGGAAAUGAAAGUAUUUGAACCUUCUACAGCAGUUAGUUUGACCAUGUUUAAGGAUUUGCCUCCAGCUGGUAUGACAUUCCCUGUUGCCCUAAGAAGAGGACUUAUUGAUACUGUGAAGAAAGAAAUUAUUCAUCCUGUAACUAGAGAAAGAAUUCCUAUUGAGUCUGCUAUAAAGAAUGAUUUCUUAAUGUCCUUACCAUAUCCAGUAUCACCAUUUAGCAUUGAAGUAAUCCAAGCUUUGGAACGCAAUUUGAUUGACAGUGAAAAAGGAACUUUCAAAAAUCCUAAGACAGGUGAAGAAAUUCCAGUCACAGAGGCAGUGGAAAGUGGCUUGCUAGUCAUCAAACCAGUACCUCAAUUAGUUUCGUAUGAACCAAGUGGGACUGUUACAGCAGUAACUGAAACAGUAACUAGUUAUCACACUAUUACAACAAAAACUAUUGAAUUAAAACACGGGUACAUUUUAAUUGGACCAAAUGAAGUGAAACAUGCACAGACUGGAGAAAUUAUUCCUUUAGAAGAAGCAAGAAAGAGAGGAAUUGUGAAAGAUGAAUCAGAAACAAAAGAAGAAUUCACAACAAGAGAAAUUAAGAUGUCAUUUUCUGAUGCAAUUGCACAAGGUUUGAUUGAUUUAGAAGCUGGAACAUACACUAAUCCUGAGACAGGGCGAACCAUGCCAAUUGCUGAAGCAAUUAAAGAUGGUCUUCUUGAUGCUACAACAAGUUCUGUAGAUGAAGAUCCAAGAAAAUCACCAACUAAAAAGAAAAAGAAGUUCAAUAUAAUGGAGGCAUAUGAAAUAUUGUAUGAUGACAAGACGAAGAGAUUUAGAGAUCCAAAUUCUCCUAGCAAAUCAUACACAUUCAAAGAAGCUUUGGAUGCAGGCUUAAUUGAUUCAGAAUCUGUUGUGUAUGAUGUCAGUAGUGGAAAACCUGUUACCACUCGCGAAGCAGUCGAAAAGGGUCUGAUUGAUCCUAAAACUGGAAGGGUGAAGGAUCGCAAGACAGGAGUGACAGUAAAUGUAAAGGAAGCAGCCAAGAUGGGCUUACUUGCUUUUGUAGGUGCUCCUGUCCUUGCUGGAAUGGCUGUUGCUGAUGUAGUAAAAGGUCUGAAGACAAGGCUGGAGAAGAAGGGUCCGGAAAAGGAUGGCAAAUCACCAAGCCCCACAAAAGAAAAAGGACCAAUUUUACAAUCAGUUGUGUCAAAGCCUGUGGAAGAACAAGUUGUAACAAAAGAAAAGGCUAGAAAAUCACCUGAAAGGCAGAAAAGUCCAUCAAAAUCGCCCGAGAAAGAAAAACCAAGUGCCACUAUUACUAUUGAGACAAAAGCAAGAACACCAUCUCCCAGUAAAGACGUAUCACCUAGUGAUGUCAUUCCUCUGAAACAGGCAAUCAAAGCAGGACAUAUUGAUCCUGAGACUUGUAUCAUCACAGUCCAGACACCAUCUGGACAGAAACAGAUGACUGUUCAGGAAGCUCUUGACCUUUAUUUGAUUGGCCCAGGUGCUGUUGUGGAACUCUUGGGCAAAUCAAAAGUGGGAUUGGUUGAUGAAAAAACAAAAUAUAGAGUUACUGUUACUAAGCAUCUUAAUGCAGAAGAUCUUGCUGAAGAAGGUGUGUAUGACACAAAUUCAGAGCGAUUUAUUGAUCCUCAAACUGGUGAACCUCUGAAAUUUGAAGAUCUUGUUCUUCGUUAUGCUGUUUUUGAUCCUGAAAAAGUUCAUGUGAAAAACUUGGAAAGUCAACCUGAGCAAUUUGUUCCUCUUCGUGAGGCAUUAGAAAUUCCUCUUCUCGACAAAUAUACAGGCCAUAUGGUUGACCCCAGAACUGGAAAACGAGUGCCUUUCUUUGAAGCUGUGAAGUUGGGAUGGAUAGUAGAAAAACCACAAAAAAUUAAGCCAGCAGUGCCAAAGAAACCCAAACCAACUUUGUCUCUGCAAGAAGCUGUAGAAGACGGCUUAUACAAUCCAAAGACUGGUGAAAUUCAAGAUCCAAAGACUGGUGAAACUUUCUCAUUUGCUGAAGCAUUGAAAGCAGGUGUGUUAGAUCCUGACUCUGUAAGCAUUAGAAAUCCAGAAAAUGAUGACAUUCUUCCCUUGUCUGAAGCUGUAGAAAUAGGAAUUGUUGAUCUUAAUCGGGGGGUUAUUGUCAAUGUUGACACUCGUACGGAAGUAGAAUUUAAAGUAGCAUUCCUUAAAGGUUAUAUGGUUGCAGGACCUCGUAAACCUGUAUCUCUUGAAGCUGUGAUACGUAAAGGCUUAUAUGAUUCAAAGACUGGAAAGAUAACUGAUCCAUUGACAAAACACAGCAUUGAUAUUGAGGAAUCUGUGAAGAGAGGUUUGGUUGAUGCUUUUGUCACAGAGUGCAAAGACACUCGAGCAGAUACUUUUGUUUCUCUUGAUGAUGCCUUGACAACAAAAUUAGUGAAUUCAAAUAAUGGAAAAAUGCGUGAUACUUUCACAGGACAACUCUUGACUCUUGAUGAUGCUCUAGACAAAGGUCUAAUAGUUACUAAUCAGUUCAGCAUUUCCCUUAUUGAUGCAAUUGUUCAAGAAUAUUACUCUCCAAGGACUGGAAAGUUCUCAAAUCCUGCAUCUGGAGAAGAAGUCACUCUUCAAGAAGGUGUUGACUGUGGUUUCAUUGAUUGUACCUCAGUUCGUGUGAAAGACCUCCAUCAGGAUAAAAUUGUUACUGUUAUGGAUGCAGCUAUAUCAGGUUUGCUUGAUACUCAGAAAGGUUUGUUAACUUAUCCAUCACCAAUGACGUUGGAUGUGGCCUUUGAAAAAGGUUACCUUUUAACAACACGCAAACCAUGGUCUCUGCAAGAAGCUUUGGCUCAAGGAUGUUACGAUCCGAAGACUGGUCUAAUGAUCAUUAAUGGAGAGGGUGAACGAAUAACAUUAGAAGAGGCCAUGCGACGUGGGGAAAUAAGUAGAGAUGCUCUGACAGUGAAAGAUCCACGAUCUGGAGAUAUCAUUACACUAGGUGAAGCUAUAAAAAUUGGUGUUAUUGAUCCUAAAUCUGGAACAGCUACUGAUCCAACAAAUGGUGCUGAAAUGCAUUUCUUUGAUGCAUUAGAAAGGGGUCUGAUAAUACCGGCUAAAAGGAAGUUUUCUUUGCCAGAAGCUGUUUUCAAAGGAUUUUACGACCCUAAAUCUGGAAAGUUCACUAGCCCUGAAACUAGAGAAAAACUUCCAACAGAUCGUGCAAUUCGAAGAGGUAUUAUUGAUCCUGCAUCGACUCUUGUGAAAGAUAGUGCUGGCAAAGUAAUGACUUUUGGAAAUGCUGUGGAAGAGGGAAUAGUAGAUUCGAGAAGUGGUACUAUUGCAGGUGCUGGUAAGUUUGGUCGUAAACUUGAUUUUCAGGAAGCUUUUGAACAAGGUUUGUUGAUUGAAGUUAGAAGACCUAUGACUUUAAGUGAAGCAUUAAUGAAGGGUGUGUUUGAUGAAGAAAAGGGACUAUUCCUAGACCCAGCGUCAGGAGAGUAUGUUACUCUUGCGUAUGCAGUAGAAAAUAAUCUGAUAGAUUCUGAUUCUGUUCAUGUUAAAGAUACAAGGAGUGGCUUUUGGAAAAAACUUUCACUUGCUGAAGCUAUUAAAUUAGGUUUUGUAGAUGGAGAAACUGCUAAAGUAAAAGAUUUCACACGAGACAAUGCUGAAGUUAGUAUCACUGAAGCUUUUGACACAGGGUUAAUAAUUGACAGCAAAGCUGCUGUUUCUGUUCAGAGAGCAAUUCACCAAGGUUUGUAUGAUGAUACCUCUGGAAAAUUCACAGAUCCAAACACUGGCCGUAAAGUGACAUUACAUGAAGCAAUUCGUAGGUUCAUCAUAAAUCCACAACUACCUUGUUAUUGGGACAAAAAGUCAGAAAGGUUACUCUCCCUUGUUGAAACGUGUCGUGGAGGUAUUAUAGAUAGACGUGCGGGAACAUUCAAGGAACCUGGUGCCAAUUGUACAGUAUCUUUGUCAGAAGCAAUGGAUUUGGGGCUUAUUGUGGAUAUAGAAAGUGCAGGAUUUGGUUUGUAUGAGGCAAUUGCCAUGGGUCUUUAUGAUUCUGAUACUGGACGCUUUGUCCAUCCCUCCACUGGAAGGAAAUUAACCUUGAGUGAUGCAUGCAAAGAGGAGUUAGUAAAUCCACUCACUUCCAUUGUAAAACAUUCCAAAACUGGUAAGUAUAUGAAAUUACCCGAAGCUACUGAAACUAAAUUAAUUAAUGAUGAGAAAGGUGUGUAUAAUAUUCCCCACUCACAACAGACAUUAACUUUGAAGGAAGCAAAGGAAAAGGGAUUAAUUGUAACUGCUCGCAAACCUUUGUCCAUUGAAGAAGCUGUUAGGAGUGGAUUAUAUCGACCUGAACUGGGUAGAUUCAUUGAUCCUGAUGUAGGUGACCAAUUAGACAUUGCACAGUCUUUGAUGCAUGGGCUUAUAGAUGCAAAUACUUCAGCUCUGAAAGACCCUAUUACUGGUCAGUUAAAGAGUGUUAAUUCGGGUAUUGAAGAUGGGUCAGUUGAUGUUCCACGCGGGCGUAUCACCGAUCCCAAAACAAAGCGGGCGUACCCUAUUGAUGCUGCUUUGGAAAGAGGGUUAAUUGUCACUGUAGACAAACCAAUUACAUUCCAACAAGCAGUUAGGCGUGGUUCAAUAGAUUUCCAAAGAGGAACUUUCAAAGAUCCUAGAACAAUGCGAGAAUGUACACUGGAAGAAGCCAUUAGAUAUGAACUGAUUGAUCCAGAAUCAGCUGUUGUAAAAGAUCCCCAGACUGGACGAUUCCGAACUCUGAAGAAAGCAAUUGUAGAUGGAGUAAUUGAUUUGAAUAAGAGAGCUGCUUUUGAUCCUCAGACUGGAAAGGUGAAACCUCUCUGCAUCAUCUUUGAGCAAGGAACUGUGGUUUUCCUUCGGGAACCACUGACUUUUGAUGCAGCUAUAGAACAAGGCCAUUUGAACAUCACAACUGGCAAGUUCACAGAUCCACAGUCUAAAGAAGUUCUUACUUUGAAGGAAACUGUGUCUCUGGGACUUAUUGAUCCUGAUUCAGCUUUGAUUAAAGAUAGUCAGAAGAAGAAACUUGUGAAACUUCCAGAAGCAUUUAGGAAGGGCUUAAUGGAUGCAGAAAAGGGAAAUGUUCUGGAUUCUGCUUCUUCAAGAUUAUAUUCUCUUUCUGCUGCUAUAGAAUCUGGGCUAUUAACUACCCCUCGCCGUGGACUCUCUCUCAUUGAAGGUUUACAGUUUGGUCUGUAUAAUCCAACAACAGGUGGGUUUAUGGACCCCUUUUUCUCCACUGGUGUUAUUGAUAGGCGUAGGUUGACUCUGUCAGAAGCCAUAGAGUCGGGUCUGAUUGACCCAUCCACCACUGUUGUGAAGGAUGCAGCUACAGGCAACAUUUCUUCUCUUCCUGAUGCCAUUGCUGUCAACAAAAUUGUUGAUGCUACAGCUGGGCGAAUGCUGGAGUCAUCAACUGGAAAGAGUAUUGACCUUCUCAAAGCUUUGGAACGAGGCUACAUUCUUGCUGCCGAGGCAAGGCAAGCAGUUGAGGAGAAGUACAAGCAUUGUGAUGAGACUUUGUCCAAAUUACUGGCAUGGAUCAGUGAUGUUGAAGAUAAACUGGCAAAUCAAGAUAUUGUACAAGAAAAUGCAGAUGAACUUCGCAACCAAAUUAACACCAUGAAGCAAAUUAAAGAUGACUUGGAAUCUCACUCUCGACCUGUUGCAUCCUGUUUGGAUCAAGUAAGGCAGGUCGUUGCUACGGGAGGGGAUGUUCUCUCCAGUGACGAAGUUACUAACCUGGAGAAGAAUGGACGAUCCUUGAAAACACGCUACGAUCGAGCUUCAGAUCGAACUGACAGGCUCCUUAAACGUCUUACUGCAGCACGUGAUGAACUGAGCAAGUUCAGAAAUGAAUUGGGAUCAUUUACUUCAUGGCUAGACAAAGCCAGACGCACUCUUGAAGACAAAGAGCGAUCAUUGGCAAAUCUCAAUAAACUCCAUGCAAACGCGGACAGCACUAAAGAAUUUGUCAGCGAUGUUAUUGCUCAUCAAGCUGACUUACGAUUCAUUACAAUGGCAGCUCAGAAGUUCGUUGAUGAAUCAAAGGAAUAUCUGUCAAAUCUAAAUGAUUUCCGAACAACAUUGCCUCAGCGUUUGCCUCACAUUGAGCCAGCCCAAGAGUCAAUUGUGAGAAAUGAAGUGUCUGUGGUAUCAACUCAAUACAGAGACCUUCUUUCAAGAGCGAAUGGUCUAUCUGAUCGGCUGUCUGGUGUUGGAGGUCGUCAGAGAGAAUACAGAGAUGCAUUAGAUAAGGCCAGAUCAUGGCUCAAAGAAGCGGAACCAAAAGCUCACAAGAUACUCUCUGAGCCAGUUGGGGCUGAUCCAAGAACAGUGGAAGAUCAACUAAAUAGGGCAAAGACUCUAAAUAAUGAGUUUGUGGCUCAAGGCAGGCUUGUUGAUGCUGCAAAACAUUCUUUGGAAGGCUUGCUACGUUCUUUAGAAGGCCAACAGUCUCCCACAGAAAUAGCAGCUUUGGAAACCCCAGUGCGUGAAUUGGAAGACAAGUACAACCAGUUGUCAGAAGCUCUUGGAGAGAAGUGUCAGGUAUUGGAUACAGCACUUGUGCAGUGCCAAGGAGUGCAAGAUGCCUUGGAUAGCCUUGUUCAAUGGCUGAAUGGUGCAGAAAAUCAAUUGAAAUCUUCCCUUCGUCCUGCUAGCCUCAGUAAAGAACGUCUUGAGGAGCAACUUAGAGAGCAUAGGCUUCUUCAGAGUGAUGUUGAUAGUCAUCGUCCAAGUGUAGAGAGCGUCACCCAAUCUGCACAGGAACUUGUUGCCACAGCAAGCAAUCCUCGCCUUGCCAAAAAAAUUGAUGCUAAGCUUCAUGAUGUUAUUGCCAGAUUUGAGAAACUUCAAGAGAAGACAGUUAGACGAACCGAGUUCCUGGAGGAAGUCCAUUCAUCACUCAGUAUUUUCACUGUUCAAGUGGUGCAUUUUGAACAGUGGUAUUGUGAAGUUGUCGAGGUUGUGGAGUCACGAGAAGUUGUAAAGCUUGAUAUCCUCGACUUCAGUGCAAGAAUGGAAGAUUUAGCUGCAAAGAGAGAUGCCAAACGUGGUGAAUUUGAAGAAGUUGUGCGUAACGGAAAGAAUCUAGUUGCCAAAAAGGAUGUCACAGAUACUGUCCCAGUUCGUGAUAAAAUCAAGGCUCUGGAGACUCAAUGGAAGGACUUGAAUGCCAUGUUGGACGAGAAACAGAAAUUGGGCAAGGCUCGAGCUGAACAGUUGAAUGCAUACGAAAAGUUGCGAGAUCAAGUUUUGGAUUGGUUAAGUAGUAUGGAAACAAGGGUUGCUCGAUUAGAACCUGUGGCUGUGGAAAUAGAAACCCUCAGGCGACAAACUGAGGAACUUAAACCCCUUACAAAGCAGUACAGAGAUUAUGGUAAUACAAUUGAUAAAGUUAAUGACUUGGGAAAUGCUUACGACAACCUUCUGAGAGGUGAUCGAGCUGAAUCUCCCACAAGACGCCGUAGUUCAGCUUACAGCCCAACAAAGCGAACAUCUGUUACUGCAAGCCCUUUGCGGCGCACAUCUCAAGAUGGCAGAUCUCCUUCCCCUACCAAAGCCAGUGGCUUUUCAGUUCAGAGUCCAGUUUCUCCGGGUGGUUCCAGUGGAUUUAGUAGUCGUCGAUCAUCCCAGGAUGGUUUCCAUCUGGAAGAAAUGACUCCGACACAGCAACAGUUGACGGAGAUUAACAAUCGAUAUGGGCUCUUGGGGGCACGGUUCUCUGAUCGACAAAAUGAGCUUGAUAACGUCCUCGAUGAGGUCAAGAAGUAUUUGGACAAUCUACGUGGCCUUAGUUCAUUCUUGGACAAAGUACAACGUAAUUUGCCAAAAGAGUCUAUUCCUCAAACUAAAGAUGAUGCACACAAGACUGCCAAACAGAUAAAGAUUGUGCUGGAGGAUAUGUAUGAGAAACAAUCACUUCUUGACAGCACAAAGACUCAGGUGAAUGAUCUUUUGAAGCGGAAACCUGGAGCUUUGGGUGCAGACACCCUGCAUGAUGAGUUGAAGGACGUUGUCAGCCGAUGGAAGAGUAUUCAUGAUCGGUGCAAGGAUAGAAUCAAGUUCAUGGAGGACAUGAAGGAUUUCCAUGACACACAUGACAAUCUCUCAAACUGGCUGAGUGCCAAGGAUCGUAUGAUGACAGUUCUGGGACCUAUUUCUUCUGAUUCACGCAUGGUGCAGAGUCAAGUUCAACAAGUUCAGGUUUUGCGUGAAGAAUUCCGAACUCAGCAGCCACAGCUGCAGCAUCUUCAAGAGCUGGGAGAAGCUGUGCUCGGCAGAGUGGAUCCCGACUCUCCUGAUGGACAGCGCCUGGCUGCCCGUCUGCACAGUCUCUUGCAACGCUGGGCCGAUCUACUGGCUCGCCUUGAAGAACGAGCCGACAGCCUUGGUGCUGCAGCUGACACUUCUCGAGAAUUUGAUGCAGGACUCAACCGGCUUCGGGAUGCAUUGCAAGGCAUAUCAGAUCAGUUGGAUGAUGUCCCACUUGACAAAGAUCCUGAGGAGCAACUUCGCAAGAUUGAGAUGCUUGGAGAAUAUGCUUCUUUGUUUCAGAAUCUGGAGAGGCAGCUGGAGGGGCAGCGCCCCUUGCUGGCUGAUGCUGAGGCCGCUGGUGCUCAGUUGUGUGAAGUGUUGAGUGAUCCUGCGUCUCGUUCAGAGAUUCAGGGUAAACUGGCAGCUGUCGGGCGACAAUACAAUACCUUGCAGAAGAAGAUGGACCACCGCAAAGCAGAAAUUGAAGGCUCCUUGAGGGAUGGUCGUCAAUUUGAGGCUUCAUGCGCUCUUACUUUAGGCUGGUUAGCAGAAGAAUUGGGAGGCAUGUCUGAAAGAUUGUUGGUUUCGGCUGAUCGUGAUGUCCUUCAACAACAGUUGGAUCAUCACGAGCCUGUGUACAAGGAUGUAAUGAGCAAGGAGCAUGAAGUGAUAAUGUUAUUAAACAAAGGCAGGGAUAUGCUGUCUCGUUCCGCUCAACGAAGUGAUACUCGUAAUCUUCAGCGUGACUUGGAUAAAAUCCAGAGUCAGUGGGAUCGCCUUAGAAAGGACACCAUGGAUAGACAGACACGUCUUCAAACGUGCAUGGAACAUUGCCGAAAGUAUUACAGAGCCCAAGAAUCAUUCCUCCCUUGGCUAGGACAGGCUGAAGAUAAGAUAGAGACCCUGAAACCGGCUAGCUUUAAGCGUAAGGACAUUGAACGCCAGUUAAAAGAACUUGCUUCUUUUAGAAACGAAGUUUGGAAGCGUUCAGGAGAGUAUGAAAAUAACCGCACUCUGGGAGACACAUUUGUCUCUGCUUGUGACAUUGACAAGGAAGUUGUGAAGAAUGAACUGAGCCUUAUGAAACAGCGUUGGGAUAAACUAAACAAUGAUCUCCUGGAGCGUACUCAAUCUCUUGAGGAUACUGCUCGUCGACUAUCUGACUUCACUGAGAAUCUGCGAGAUCUGCAACAUUCUCUUCAGAGAUGUGAAGACAAAUUGGCUUCUCAUGAUGCACUUGGUGGUGCUGCCAAGGAUCCGAAGUUAUUGGAAAGAAUUAAGAACUUGAGAGAAGAAACAAAUGCUCUGAAAAAGCCUCUUCAGUCUGUACGACAGACAGCAAAUGAUCUUGUCAAUGAAGCAGGAGAGCAUGGGGUUGAUGCUUCUCACUUACAAGAUGAGGUUGAUACUAUUGGUGAUCGCUUGGAUGACUUGCAAGCUAAACUUGAUGAUCGUUGCAGUGAAUUACAAUCUGCUGCCACCGCUGUGACUCAGUUCAAUGACCAAGUGAAAGUGCUGAGCCAUGAUCUGUCUGAUUUGGAGCAAGAAUUGGAUUCUAUGAAACCACCAGGUCGUGACUUGAAGACUGUAAGGAGUCAACUGGAUGACACUGCUAAGUUCUUGAAGAAGGUUGUAAAGGCAUCUGAUGACGUGGCAAAUGCAGUCUCUGCUGGUGAGCUUUUGGUUGACCAAGGGUUUGCCCCUGAUACUACUGCAAUGCGUGAACAAGUUGAACAGCUGCGGCGUCAGUUGGGCCGCCUUGAUGAACGAGCAAAGACACGAGAGGAGGACCUUGACUCAGCUCUCUCGCGUCUUGAAAAUUUCUACCAGAUUCACACAGCAGUGGUUGAAGACAUUGCAGAAGCUACAGAACAAGUACGCAAACUCAAACCUGUUGGAUCUGAAGUUGAAGGAAUCAGAGUCCAGCAGGAGGACUUCAGAGCCUUCCAACAGCGACAUGUUGAGCCCCUGGCACAGCAAGUGGAUGAAUGCAACCACUUGGGCCAGGGUCUGAUUCAGUCUGCAGCUGGUGGAGUCAACACUGCAAGUCUUGAAAAGGAUCUCGAAAGAAUGAAUGACAAAUGGAAUAAUUUGAAGGAGAGAAUGAAUGAAAGAGGUCGCAAGCUUGAUGUUGCCCUGUUGCAAUCAGGAAAGUUCCAGGAAGCUUUAGAUGGACUGGAGAAAUGGUUAUCAGAAACAGAAAAUAUGGUUGCCAAUCAAAAGCCACCCUCAGCAGAUUACAAGGUUGUCAAAGCUCAGUUACAGGAGCAGAAUUUCUUGAAGAAAAUGUUGCUUGACCGCCAAAACUCAAUGUCGUCCUUGUUUGCAAUGGGCAAUGAAGUUGCUGCUGGCGCUGAUGCAUCUGAGCGUAAGGCCAUUGAGCGUCAGUUAAAUCAGUUGAUGGAGCGUUUUGAGCAUCUGACAGACUCUGCAACUCGGCGCUAUGAGGCCUUGGAGCAAGCAAUGGCUGUUGCAAGAGAAUUCCAGGAGAGGCUGGUGCCUGUUCUGGAGUGGCUUGACAAGACUGAAAAGAAGGUCAAGGACAUGGAGCUGGUACCGACAGAUGAGGAGAAGAUUCAGCAACGCAUCAGAGAACAUAGUACAUUGCACAAUGAGAUCAUUCGGAAGAAAUCAGAUUUCUCAGAGCUGACUGAAGUGGCAGGUACACUGAUGCAGCUUGUUGGAGAAGAUGAAGCCCUUGGUUUAGCUGAUAAGCUUCAAGACACCACUGAUCGGUAUGCAACCCUUGUGGAAACAUCUGAGAAUGUGGGUCAGUUGCUAGAAUCCUCCCGUGCUGGACUACGCCACCUGGUUUUGGGCUACCAAGACCUCCAAGCAUGGAUGGAGGCUAUGGAACACAGACUCAGCAAGUACCGUCUGCUGGCUGUGCACACCGACAAGUUGCUUGAGCAGAUGGAUGAUCUUGCGGACCUAACAGAGGAAGUGGCCAACCAUCAAACACAAGUGGAUGGCACUGUGGACAGUGGGUUGGAGCUCAUGAAACACAUUUCCAGCGAUGAAGCCCUGCAGCUUAAAGACAAACUUGAUUCUCUUCAGCGGCGGUUCAAUGAUCUCACUUCUCGGGGUACUGACUUACUUAAACAUGCUCAGGAGGCUUUGCCAUUGGUACAACAAUUCCACAAUUGCCAUAACCGAUUGGUUGAUUGGAUGAUGGGAGCGGAAGCACAAUUGCAGUGUGCCGAACCACAUGAAGAGGACAUUCAGCGUUUGGAACUUGAUAUCCAAGAAUUCCGUCCUGUGUUGGAAACAAUCAACUUGGUUGGACCUCAGUUGUGUCAGAUUUCUCCUGGGGAAGGUGCUUCAACCAUUGAAGGACUUGUCACUAGAGAUAACCGUAGAUUUGAUGCGAUUGCAGAACAGAUUCAGAGAAAGGGCGAGCGUAUCCUCUUGUCCAAACAGCGUUCAUUGGAAGUUAUUGGUGACAUUGAUGAACUCCUUGAUUGGUUCCGUGAGGUAGAAGGACAGAUUCGUGAAGCAGAGCCUCCUAGCUCUGAUCCAGAUGUUAUCCGUGUCCAACUGAAGGAACACAAAGCUCUUAAUGAUGAUAUAUCUAGUCAGAAAGGACGAGUACGAGAUGUCCUUUCCACUGCCAAGAAGAUGUUUGUCCAGUCUAUUUCUGAACAUAAACCACUGGUGGAGAAACUCAAUAAAACAGGAGAAGCCCUCAUUCGCCUAUGCAAUGACGAGGAAGGUGCUAAAGUUCAAGAAAUUUUGGAUGCUGAUAAUGAAAGAUAUGGUGCUUUGCGAACUGAGUUGCGACAGAGACAGCAGGCCUUAGAAAAGGCAUUGCAGGAGUCAAGUCAAUUCUCAGACAAGUUGGAAGGCAUGCUUCGUGCUCUGGGUUCCACUGCAGAUCAAGUGAAUUCAGCAGAGCCAGUCUCAGCCCAUCCAUCUCGCAUUCGUGACCAGAUUGAAGAAAAUGCUGCUUUGGUGGAAGAUCUUGACAAACGUGAAGUGGCGUAUGCGGCUGUUAAGCGAGCUGCAAAUGAUGUAAUCAGCAAAGCCACAAACCAAGCUGAUCCAGCAGUUAAAGACAUCAAACGUAAAUUGGAGCGGCUGAACAGCUUAUGGAAUGAAGUACAAAAGGCCACAAAUGAUCGCAGCAAAUCUCUUGAUGAUAUCUUAGCAAUUGCUGAACGGUUCUGGGAUGAGCUACACAGUGUUAUGAACACGUUGCGAGACUUACAAGACUCGCUUAAUUCUCAAGAACCUCCAGCAGUUGAACCACACGCAAUUAGACAGCAGAAGGAGGCUCUUCAAGAAAUUCGUCAUGAGAUUGAUCAAACAAAACCAGAGGUGGAUCAGUGCCGUCAAACAGGUCAGGAAUUGAUGAGUUUGUGUGGUGAACCUGACAAACCUGAAGUGAAAAAGCACAUUGAAGAUUUGGACUCUGCUUGGGAUAACAUUACUGCCUUGUAUGCCAAGAGAGAAGAAAAUCUCAUUGAUGCCAUGGAGAAGGCCAUGGAAUUCCAUGAGACACUGCAGAAUUUACUCGAGUUCUUGGACACCGCGGAAGACCGUUUUGCAAGUAUGGGUGCAUUGGGUUCAGAUAUAGAAGCAGUAAAGAAACAGAUUGAACAGUUGAAGGACUUUAAGGCUGAUGUUGAUCCUCAUAUGGUGAAAGUGGAGGCUCUGAACAGGCAAGCUCAGGAGCUUACUGAGCGUACGUCUGCUGACCAAGCAGCUGCUAUUAAGGAGCCUCUAUCUGCGGUGAACCGUCGUUGGGAUGAACUCUUGCGCGGCAUGGUAGAGAGGCAGCGGCAGCUUGAGAAUGCCCUCCUGCGCUUGGGACAGUUCCAGCACGCCUUGGCAGAGCUGCUUGUUUGGAUUGAACGCACUGAUGGAACCCUGGAUGAAUUAAGACCUGUCGCUGGCGACCCCCAGGUUCUGGAAGUGGAACUUGCCAAGCUUAAAGUCUUGGUGAAUGACAUUCAAGCUCAUCAAACUAGUGUCGAUACCCUCAAUGAUGCCGGCCGGCAGAUAAUAGAGUCAGGAAAGGGCUCUGAUGAAGCCUCAGCCACCCAAGACAAAUUGUCACAACUAAACCGCCGCUGGCGGGACUUGCUUCAGAAGGCAGCUGACAGACAGUUAGAACUGGAGGAUGCUUUGAGGGAAGCUCAGCGAUUCAAUGCAGAAAUCCAAGAUCUGCUGUCUUGGCUUGGAGAUGUUGACAGUGUGAUUGCAGCUUCUAAACCUGUUGGAGGUCUACCAGAAACUGCAACAGAACAACUAGAGCGAUUUAUGGAAGUCUACAAUGAGUUGGAACAAAAUCGUCCAAAAGUUGAGGCAACAUUACAGCAAGGUCAAGAUUACUUGAAGAAAUCAGGAACAUCUGCCAGUAAUCUUCAACAUAAUCUGAAAACUUUGAAACAUCGCUGGGACAGUGUGACAUCUCGUGCAAAUGAUAAGAAGAUCAAAUUAGAAAUAGCCCUUAAAGAGGCAUCAGAAUUCCAUGAUGCUCUUCAGUCAUUUGUAGAUUGGUUGACUAAUGCUGAAAAGACUCUGAAUAACUUGAAACCUGUUUCACGUGUGAUGGACACUAUCUUGGGUCAAAUUGAAGAACAUAAGGCAUUCCAAAAGGAUGUUGGGGUGCACAGAGAAACUAUGUUGAAUCUAGACAAGAAGGGCACUCAUUUGAAAUAUUUUAGCCAGAAACAGGAUGUGAUAUUAAUUAAGAACCUCUUGAUAAGUGUACAGCAUCGUUGGGAGCGAGUUGUGUCAAAGUCAGCGGAAAGGACCCGAGCACUGGAUCAUGGAUAUAAGGAAGCCAGAGAAUUCCAUGAUUCAUGGUCUGGUCUCAUGACUUGGCUGAAUGAAACUGAGAAGAGUUUGGAUGAAUUGAGUGUAGAAGCUUCUGGAGUUGGCAAUGACCCUGAAAAGAUUAAAGCACGUUUGGCCAAACAUCGUGAGUUCCAGCGUACUUUGAGCGGUAAACAGGCUACAUAUGACUCAACUAUGAAGGCUGGAAAAUCUCUGAAAGAAAGAGCUCCCAAGACAGAUGAACCAGCUUUGAAACAGAUGAUGACUGACCUGAAGAACAAGUGGACAUCUGUGUGUGCUAAAUCAGUUGACAGGCAGCGGAAGCUGGAGGAGGCACUACUUUUCUCUGGCCAGUUCAAGGAUGCUGUCCAGGCAUUGCUUGAGUGGCUGCAAAAGACAGAGAAGGUGCUUGGGGAGGAAGGACCAGUCCACGGAGACCUGGACACUGUAAUGGCCCUUGUGGAGCAACACAAAACGUUUGAGGAGGAUCUUCAUAGCCGAUCUGCACAAAUGGAGUCUGUGCAGAAGACUGGCAAGGAGCUGGAAGCCAAAGCAACUGCAGCUGAUGCUGCUACCAUCCGAGCUCAGUUGCGAGAACUUACUGAUUUGUGGGAUAAGGUGUCUAUGCUCAGCUCAAGAAAGACUGAUCGUUUAGAGGAGGCACUCAAGGAGGCUGAGCGAUUACACAAGGCUGUACAUAUGCUUUUGGAGUGGUUGUCAGAUGCAGAAAUGAAACUUCGUUUUGCUGGGCCUUUACCUGAGGAUGAACAGGAUACUCGAAACCAAUUGGCUGAACAUGAGAAAUUUUUCCGUGAAAUGAAAGAAAAGGAAAAGGAAAAAGAUGCAACUAUCGAUCUUGCUCAGAGAAUCCUUGCCAAAGCCCAUCCAGAUGGUGCAACUCGAGAGACGAGACUGAAUGAGCAUCUGCGAUCACUGCACGACUUGGAAGGUUUGCUUGAGGAACUGCUGGCUUGGUUGGCAGGCCUGGAAGGCACUUUGAUGGCCCUUGAAACUGAGCCAUUGCCAGAUGAUCUGCCUACUCUUGAAGGUCUCAUUGUUGAUCACAGAGAAUUCAUGGAGAACACAUCAAAGCGGCAAGGAGAAGUAGAUAGUGUUUGCAAAUCUCGCCAGGUGAAACAACCACCUACUGUCCAUGCCCAACAAAUUGCUCGGGAUCGCAAAUUAUCAAAGCCAAAGACACCUACCAGUGAAUAUAGGAUAUGUGGUAUAUUUGGUGUCUUUUUUUUUUCUUCCAAAUACCUUCUCCUCUCUACGAAUCCUGGUGUAUGUUCUCUUGCUGCUAUGAGCAGUAAGGAGCUUCGUGACAACAGAGAUUCUUCACCUGAGCACGAUGCUACAUCACGCAAGUCAAGCAAGGGUGCUGAACCCCAGUUCCGCAACCCACGAGUCAAAUUGCUGUGGGAUCGUUGGCGCAAUGUAUGGAUGCUGGCAUGGGAGAGACAACGUCGUUUGCAAGAAAAGUAUAAUUAUCUGUUAGAAUUGGAGAAAGUGAGAAACUUCAGUUGGGAUGAUUGGAGAAAACGAUUCUUGAAGUUCAUGAAUAAUAAGAAAUCCAGAAUGACUGAUCUGUUCCGCAAAAUGGACAAGAACAAUGAUGGGCUUAUACCUAGAGCAGAUUUUAUUGAUGGAAUUAUCAAGACAAAGUUUGACACCAGUCCUCUAGAAAUGAAUGCAGUGGCAGAUCUCUUUGACAAGAUGGGAGAAGGAUUGAUCGAUUGGAAGGAAUUCAUUGCUGCUCUGCGUCCUGACUGGGAAGAAAGAAAGCCAGUGACUGAAGCUGAAAAGAUUCAUGAUGAAGUGAAGAGGCUAGUGAUGCUCUGCACUUGUCGGCAAAAAUUCCGAGUCUUCCAAGUUGGUGAAGGAAAAUAUAGGUUUGGAGACAGUCAAAAACUACGCCUUGUGCGUAUCCUUAGAUCUACAGUGAUGGUACGAGUUGGAGGUGGGUGGGUUGCUUUGGAUGAGUUCCUUGUUAAAAAUGAUCCUUGCAGAGCCAAGGGCCGUACAAACAUCGAACUGCGCGAACAGUUCAUCUUGGCAGAUGGGGUAUCCCAGAGCAUGACGGCGUUCAAACCGAAGCCUAGCCCAGGGAACACGCCUCAGCGAUCGCAAUCCCUUGCAGGCCCCAUCACCAAGGUUCGAGAAAGAAGUGCUCGCAGCGUUCCUAUGGGACGUAACACUGGACGAUCAUCAUUCUCUGGAACAAGGACUCCAGACUCACUGAGCGACAACGAGAGCACACUUCCUCGAACAUUGCGGAAGGCAUCUGCCCCUCCAAGGUCCACCCUUACCCCAGGAGGCAGCCUUCCAGGCAGUAAGGCUGGUAGUCGGCCUGGUAGUCGCCAGGGCAGCAGGCCACCUAGUCGCCAGGGCAGCAAACCACCUAGCCGUCAUGGCUCCACCCUGUCACUCGACAGCACAGAUGAUUCCACACCAAGCCGCAUUCCGAUACAUAGGCGCACCACGCCGUCCAGCAGUGCAACCCCAAGCCGUGGUAGCACAACUGGCACGACUGCUCGAAAAUUGACAGUACCUGUUAAUGGAACACCGACAGGUCGUCCAAGGACACCUACAGGGCUUAUUAGUCCUGCAAGUGGUUCCUCCACUUCAAGGGCUCGCACACCCUCCGGCUCUAGCACACCAAUUCCGAAUGGAGCCAAAGUGACGAGGAAAACAUCAGGGGCGUCAGACACAUCUACUGGCUUGUCUCGCAAAGGCUCCAAGUCAACAACUCCAACAGAACAACAAAAACAACCAUUCCGUCUUUAAUGUAAGCAAUGUUGUCGAUUCUUCUAAGGCCUAUUAUUUCACUUCCAAUUCAUCCAUUCAGACUGACUAAUUUUUUAUGGUAGAUGGAUUGACAGUAAAUAUAGGCCUUAAAAAGUCACAAUAUUUUAUUUUUUGUUUUUUUGUAUUUAACAGAGCUCUUUACUUUUCAAAGAAGAAAUUAAUUGUCAAUUUUUAUGUUAAAAGUCUGCUGUGAAAUAUGCUAUUUGUUUUUGUACCUCUAUUUUGUAUUUAAUGUUUCCACAUACUUUCACUUCACCAUAAUUCUGUCGUGUUCAGGUUUGAUCUGUAAAGUAAGUUAAGUGCUCCUUAUUUGCACCUUUUUUUUUUUUUUUCAAGUAGACAAACUUUUGUCUGUCUAUAUAUUUCUAUAUAUUCCAAAAGCCAGAGAAUGUUUUUUACAGUGGCUUAUAAUUUCUGGUUCGUAAUAUAUGUUGUGGAAUACCACAAUGGACCUACUUGAAGAAUAUGAGUGAAUUUUCUUUUAAUUCACAACAUUUUUUUUUUUGUACCUUUGUUAUUGUUUACUGUUGUUACUUUUUGCGGCAUAUUUAUAAAAUAAGCCUUUUUGAGUUGCAUAUUGUUUACUAUUUCUGCGUUAUUAACUUCACUGAUUAACGAUCAAUUUGCAACACAUUAAGCUAUGUGGUAAUGGUUAUUGAAAGUUAACUGAAGAAAUAUACUCAAAGGAGGAAUUAAACUCCAUAAUAUAAAUUAAUUUAUCACUUUCUGUAUUAUACAAAUCACAGUUAACCAGCAAUGUUUGUGGAUUUUGAGGAAUACAGAUAGAACUAUCAAAUUCACAUUAUAAAUCAAGGUUCAGGGGUUUAUUCAUUCCAUCUUUAAUUAUAAAUGUGCCAUAUGUGAGUUUGAUAUGUCAAUCUGUAACCCUUGAUUUUUACAACGUGGUUGUAAUUAGUUGAAGAAGCUUGAUUGAAUGAUUAUUGGUUUCCAUUUAUGCUUCUUCAUUGUCCUGUUGUUAUUCCAAGAAUACAUCUUUAUAAAUAUAAUAGUACAUAUUUUUUUAGUUAAUUAACAUUCAUUUAAUUCAUCAUGUUCAUUUUAUCCUGUCCAUUAAUUUUCAUUUAUGUAAGACUUAUAAGGAAACCUGAUAAGAAAUUGUGAUUGCAAUUGAUAUAUGUAUAUGAAAAAUUUAAAGUAUUGUUGUAAAUAUUUUUUGGUAAAUUACUUGAUUGAAAGUGCGAAAAAGUCAUUUACUACUACCUUUUCUGUAAAAAAGAAUUUUUCCAAAACAAAAGGGAAGUAUUAUCAUGAAUGUAGAGAGAGGCACAAAUAUUUAAUGGAAAAGAGUAUUUUGUAAGUCUCGAUGAUUGUAUCGUGUAUUAGUCGCUAAGGUCCUUGCCACAGCCUACGUGCAAUUUGUUAAUUUUUCUUUGAAGUGACAGUAUGAAGAUAAUUGUGCUGGUUGUACAUAAUAUGAAUAUCAUUUCUCAAUGAAUUAUUCAUUGCAUAUUGUACAAAAUUAAUGAGAGACGAUAGUUUUGUUCUGUGUUUAUGUAUUUUUUUAGAUGCCCUCAUACAUUUUUCAUUCUGCGCAAACUGUUAAUUUUUUUGUAAUCCUUUACAACAAAGGAAUAAUAAAAGACCUGUAAUAUUACCUAGAUUUAGUUGUGUAUGUUAACAGAUUUGCUUAUUAAAAUCUCACUUCAAAA